AUGGGGAUGCCUAUAGACGAUGAAUCAGACGAUCUUCAGAGGAUCAAGAGGCUCAAAAGCGCAACCGAUGACGACGACUACUGCUACGACGACAUAGACGAUGAGGAGGAGGAGAGCGGUGGUGGAUUUUCGUUGAGGUUAGGCGAGUUUUUCAAUCCGAUGAUUCCGACUUCAAUUGUGGUUUCGGAUGCUAUGGAACCAGAUUUUCCUAUAAUCUACGUUAAUAAGGUAUUCGAAUCCACCACCGGUUAUCGUGCCGAUGAAGUCCUUGGUCGGAACUGUCGUUUCUUGCAGUACAGAGACCCCCGAGCCCAAAGACGGCACCCAUUGGUGGACCCUGUGUGUGUAUCAGAGAUCAGAAGAUGUCUGGAAGAAGGAAUCGAUUUCCAGGGAGAGCUUCUCAACUUCAGAAAAGACGGAACUCCAUUGGUCAACCGGCUAAGACUUGCUCCAAUUCAUGGUGAUGAUGGCAUAGUCACACACGUGAUAGGCAUCCAAGUAUUCACAGAAGCCAAAAUCGAUCUAAAUUCGAUAUCCUACCCUGUUUUCAAAGAGACUCACAACAACGACGUCAAAUCUCAAUCUCAGUCUCACUCUCACUCUCACUCUCAAUCUAAUCAACAAGUAAGUGAUAAAUUCCACUCCCCAAACAUCGAGCAACAACAACAAAUCGAGUGUGGGAUUCUUCAACUUUCAGAUGAAGUAAUGGCUCAAGACAUUCUGUCCCGAUUGACACCCAGAGAUGUUGCUUCAAUCGGAUCUGUUUGUAGGCGGAUCCGCCUGCUUACAAAGAACGAGCAUGUUAGAAAAAUGGUUUGUCAGAAUGCUUGGGGAAGAGAAGUGACAGGUGCAUUAGAACAUAUGACUAAUAAUAAAUUAGGGUGGGGCCGUCUUGCUCGUGAGCUCACCACUCUUGAGGCUGUUUGUUGGAAGAAACUAAGAGUCGGAGGUACAGUCGAGCCUUCACGUUGUAAUUUUAGCGCAUGUGCAGCUGGAAACCGGCUUGUUUUAUUUGGUGGUGAAGGAGUUAACAUGGAGCCAAUGGACGAUACGUUUGUUCUUAAUCUUGAUGCUGUCAAUCCCGAGUGGCGGCAGGUGAGUGUCAAGUCGUCCCCACCAGGGCGAUGGGGGCACACGCUUUCCUCACUUAAUGGCUCCUGGUUGGUGGUGUUUGGUGGGUGUGGGAAACAAGGAUUGUUGAAUGAUGUGUUUGUUCUUGACUUGGAUGCCAAACAACCAACCUGGAUACAAGUGUUUGGCACUGGUCCACCCCCGCCAAGAUCUUGGCACAGCUCUUGCACCAUAGAAGGAUCUAAAUUAGUUGUUUCAGGCGGGUGCACAGACGCAGGAGUCCUUCUGAACGACACGUUUAUCCUUGAUCUGACAAUGGAAAAACCGAUGUGGCGAGAAAUCCCGACUUCACCGGUCCCACCCUCUAGACUGGGACACUCGCUGUCUGUUUUUGGAAGAACAAAAAUUCUCAUGUACGGGGGUCUGGCAAACAGCGGUCACUUAAGGUUAAGAUCAAGUGAGGCAUAUACGAUGGAUGUAAUGGAUGAGAAGCCUGAAUGGAGGCUUUUGGAGUGCAAUGGGUUCACGGGUGUUGGGACCCAGAGUGCUGUGGUCCCACCACCACGGCUUGACCACGUAGCCAUGAGUAUGCCAUGCGGGCGGGUUAUAAUAUUUGGUGGUUCCAUUGCUGGGCUGCACUCCCCUUCUCAGGUGUUUUUGUUGGACCCUGCCGAGGAGAAACCAUCUUGGAGAAUUUUGAAUGUGCCUGGUCAACCUCCCAAGUUUGCUUGGGGUCAUAGUACUUGUGUUGUUGGGGGUACCAGGGUUCUUGUGUUGGGUGGUCAUACCGGUGAAGAGUGGGUGCUUAAUGAGUUGCAUGAGUUGUGUUUGGCAAGCAGGCAGGAUGUGGACCCAUGA